AUGGUGUCUCUAAAAUUGUUGCUGUUCAUUUGUCUGCUGGGCCCAAGCUCAGCCUUGCCAACUUACGAAGAACGCGAUGGCCCAAAUUCCUACAUCGCCCUGCCUUUCACGAGAAAAUUAUCAGCCAGCCCGGCAGGACGCAAGAGACAAGCCUUUAGUUCUCCACUAACCCCGCUGAGCUCAAGUUACUAUAUCGAUGUCACCAUCGGAACUCCUCCCCAGCCUCUGAGCCUGGUCCUAGACACGGGGAGCAGUGAUGUCUGGGCAUACAGCCCCGCCGCGGCCUCGUCAUGCCCCGGCUGUACUGAAUCUUACUAUGAUCCCGCUCAGUCCUCAACAGCGAAAGAGCGCCCAGAUAUUGGUGUCUUCAACAUCAGCUACGGUACACCAAACUCGGGUGUGUUGGGCACAUACUACAGUGACACCCUCUCAACGUCCGGAGUGUCUGCAAAUAUCAUCCUCGGUGUAGCCACUACUGCCCAUUCCGGUGAUCCAGCCGGUGGCAUCAUGGGCAUCUCCCUAUCCGCAAACGAAGCAAGCUUCUACCAAAGUGAUGUCAUAUACGACGGCUACAUCGACAGCCUGUACAAGCAAGGUCUUAUCGCUGUACGUGCAUAUAGUAUCUAUUUUAAUGAACCUGGUAGGCAGUUCUCCAUAUCGUCCUUAACCUUAUUGAUCUCUUCACUAAGCGUGGUCACAGCCUCAACCGACGAAACUCCCGGCACAAUAAUCUUCGGCGGCUACGACCGCACCAAAUGGACUGGUACACUCACGCCCUUCCCGCUGGUUGAACCCUCCCCCGAAGGCGCCUAUGAACUGGACAUCGAAGGCCCCGUUAUCGCCUUCGAACUUGGUGGCCAAGCUUAUGAGCUCCCCAACACACAGCAUUACACUGUGCUUCUCGACACAGGGACAUUCCUCACUCGCUUACCCGCAACGCAAUUCGCCACUCUCGCCACCGCGCUUGAAGCCGAACUUAUCGACUCGGACACAAACCUGUACGCCGUGUCCUGUAAGCUCGCAGACUUAGACGGGGGUCUCGCAUUCGCAUUCUCUGGGCCAAACGGCGACGUUACGAUCGCUGUGCCUUGGAAGGAAGUCGUCAUCUUCGAAUCGGAUCUACCUGAUGGCGUGUGUCUACUGGGAUUCAUCCCAGAGCAAGAUGAUCUCGGGUUUUACAUCAUUGGUGACUCGACCCUGAGGUCAGCGUAUUUGUUGUAUAACUAUGAUGCUGGGACGGUUAGUUUGGCGCAGGCGAGUUACGAUACUAGUUGUAGUGAUUGCGUUCAACCGUUGACGCCAGGCGGCAAGUGA